AAUACAAAAUUACUUCUGAGAAAGCUUUCAAGAAUUUUAAAGGUGUUUUUCUCCUCUCAAAAGCAAAAACAAACACUCCCUUGCAUUCCAUGGCUUCAGAGAAAGAAGCCGCUCUUGCAGCCAUUCCCUCUGAUGCUCCCACCAUAUUUGACAAGAUCAUCAAUAAGGAAAUUCCUUCUACUGUGGUUUAUGAGGAUGAUAAGGUCCUUGCCUUUAGGGACAUAGCUCCUCAAGCUCCUAUUCACAUUCUACUUAUUCCGAAAGUCAGGGAUGGGCUAACUGGUCUAUCCAAGGCUGAGGAGAGGCACACUGAGAUUCUUGGCCGCCUUCUCUACACCGCAAAACUGGUUGCAAAGCAAGAAGGCCUUGACGAUGGCUUCAGAAUUGUAAUCAACGAUGGACCAAAAGGCUGCCAAUCAGUGUACCACAUUCAUGUGCACCUUCUCGGAGGGCGACAAAUGAACUGGCCCCCUGGCUAAAACCUCCUGUGAUUCAAGGGCUAUCUAUCAAUAACGAAUUCAAAUUACCAAGAGACUAUGGUGAUGAGUUGGAUUGUCUAUUCUAAUCUAUGUUUAAAUUGGUGUGUUUAAUAUUUGAUGAAGUGAAAUUCUCUAGUUGUUACUAUUAUCUAUGCCAUUAUAUUGGUCAAUCCAACAUUAGUAUCAUGAUUGUAGGUUGUUUGUGGAUUACCAGAUGCUGCAAACUUGUCUUGUAUUACCCCCUGUUUAGGUAAAAUAAGAAAAAUGCUUGAGGGCAAUCAAAAUUUAUUGUUUUUGGUCAUCAAUGUCUAAAAGUGUGGGAUAAAAUAUCUUGUUGGGUUACUAAACUAAAAGAAUUGGGUUGAUGGCUAAAAGUAAUAAAUUCUGAUAGUCCUCUAGUAUUUCUCGAUAAAAUUUUAGAUUGAUCUAGUGACUAGGGGUUUUGAAAGUAUGUAUGAGGCCUUAGAUUUACUUCGCUAUUCUCAUGUUGUUACACA